UCACGCCACACCUGUAGUCUCACCUCUACAGGAAGAAUCAGGAUGCUCGAGACUCACGCUCACAAACAGCUCGAAACUACGUGGGAAGACAAGUGUACCGUCUUUCAUAAAAUAUGCUUAUUUUCAAGUACGAAAAACAUGCGUAGUCGAGUCAGCAGAAAUGUGCCCUCGUAAAAAUAGCUUUAGUUAAAAGUCUGCGGUUACUCGCGCAAGACACCUACGGCGCGUCGUGAGUUUCGCUGUAGCUGAAGACACCUGACGGCCUUGCGUGACACAGUCAACGUCAACAUAGCCUACUGAGGAUCACAGCCACCAAUGUCGAACAACACUUCGUUUGACAUGGACACGCUGGAGUCUGGGAAAAAAAUAGCGGUUGAUGCCUCAAAUCCAUCAGAGCCUUUUCUUCCAACUUCUAAUGUAAAUAAUGUAAAUAAGGAGAAAAAGAAGAAAAUAUCAUGCAGGGAAGUGCAUGUGGCCAUUGGUGUACUCCUAGCAAUUGCAAUUAUUGCAUUAGUAACCGGACUGCUGGUGUGGCAUUUCCAUUUCAGACCACGGAGGGUAACUAAGAUGUUUAGUGGCUCUCUGACCAUCUCCAGCCAGACCUUCUCAGAUGCUUAUGAAAACAAUAACAGCACUGAAUAUCAAGAAUUAGCUGCAAAGGUGUCAAAGCAGUUCAAAACUAUAUACAAACAAAAUCGGUCACUUUCCAAAUACCAUGUGGGAUCCAGUGUUUCAGGUUUCAGUGAGAGCAACAGUAACGGCAUCAUUGCAUAUUACAUGUCUGAAUUUAAUAUGCCAGAAUACCGAGUUUCUGAAGUGGAAGAGGCUUUGGAUACGUUAAUGUCAGGGGCAGAAAAUGCAAGGCAAAGCCGCAGGGGCAGUAGCAGCUCGACUGGCAGUAGCCUCACUAUAGAUGGAAUGACGUCUGGGGCUGUGGAUGCUCGGCUAUCUAGCAGAAGCCUUAAAAGUUCCACUAAGAGGUCUCAUCACGCCCAUAAUAACCACACAGACAGUAUCUGGUCUCCAGGUUUUCCUAAUUCUACCUACCCCUCAAAUCUUUUUACGGAGUGGCAGAUUCGGGCCGACCCAGGGCACAGGAUCAGACUGGAGUUUGAUGUCCUAGACAUGGAGAAAGACUGUCAUAAUGACUUCAUUAAAGUGUAUGACUCGCUGGCCCUGACAGAGAAGCAGGUCAUAACAGAGAAAUGUGGAUAUCGUUUACCCAACGAGCUAUUACAUUUCUUGUCUUCUGGAAAUGUCAUGCUGGUCACACUGGUUACAAAUGGAGAGAAAAACUACAGAGGUUUCUCAGCAUUUUACUCUCAGGUCCCAGUAAAUGAUCAAGAGUGUGGGGGUACACUAUCUGGGCUUAGUGGUACUUUCAAAUCACCUGGUUAUCCUUCCCACUACCCACCUCAGAUUGACUGUGUCUGGAACAUUGAGGUUCCCCCAGGAAAGCAUAUCAAGAUAAAGUUCAACAAGUUCUCUAUACAUACCCCUGAAGACAACACACUCUUCUGCCCCACAGAUUACCUGGAGUUAAACUACAGGAUAUGUGGAGAGAAGCCGCCCAAAACUGUGUACUCUUUGAAAUCAAACCGUGCCACAGUCAAAUUUCAUUCGGAUAUGUCUUAUGUGAGCGAGGGCUUUUUUGCAGAAUUUGAGGCCUUUGAACCCACUAAUCCAUGUCCUGGCAAAUACCAGUGUGACAAUGAUCUGUGUGUACCCAUUCACCUCCAGUGUGAUGGCUACAAUGACUGUGGAGAUAUGAGCGAUGAGAGGGGCUGCAUAUGUAAUGAGACUCAAAUCAAGUGCAAGAACGGCUUCUGCAAGUCUCGUUUCUGGCAGUGUGAUGGUGUGAACGAUUGUGGAGAUAACACGGAUGAAGAGAACUGCAAGAAGUGCAAAGCUAAAGAGUUUAGCUGUAAAAACGGACGCUGCAUCUCUGCACAAAAGCAGUGCAAUGGCUACAAUGACUGUGGUGAUGGCUCAGAUGAGUCUCGGUGUGCGAAAUCCAUUGUUGUUCGCUGCUCUGAUGUCUCUUACAAGUGCCAAAACAACCAGUGCAUAAGCAAGCUGAACCCUAUGUGUGAUGGAGAGAUAGACUGUGAAGAUGAAUCAGAUGAGGCCGACUGUAAAUGUGGGACAAAGCCUUAUAAGUCUUCUCGUAUUGUGGGUGGAAAGGACUCGGAUGAGGGAGAGUGGCCCUGGCAGGUCAGCCUGCAUAUGAAGACACAAGGUCAUGUAUGUGGUGCAUCUGUUAUCAGUAACAACUGGCUUGUUACUGCUGCUCACUGCGUGCAGGACAGUGAAAAAUACAGAUACUCCCAGCCUGACCAAUGGGAAGUGUAUCUAGGCCUCCACACUCAGAGUGAGACCAGUACUGCGACGCUUAAAGGUGUGAAACGCAUCAUCCCUCACCCACGUUAUGAUCACACAUCGUAUGACAAUGACAUUGCUCUAAUGGAGCUGGAUAGCCCUGUGAUUCUGAACCAGAACAUCUGGCCUAUCUGCUUACCUGAACCCACACACGACUUCCCAGUAGGCAAAUCUGUAUGGAUUACCGGCUGGGGCAAACUGAGAGAGGAAAUUGAAUCCGUUGCAGAAGUGUUGCAGAAGGCUGAGGUGCGCAUUAUUAACGGCACUGUGUGUAAUAGACUGCUGGAUGACGGGAUAACGCCGCGGAUGAUCUGUGCGGGUGUGCUGAGCGGGGGCAUUGAUGCCUGCCAGGGUGAUUCAGGUGGUCCAAUGUCUUCCACAGAAGAAAAUGGACGAAUGUUUCUCGCUGGAGUGGUGAGUUGGGGAGACGGCUGUGGUCGCAGGAACAGGCCUGGCGUUUACACACGAGUCACUGAAUAUCGCAGCUGGAUCAGACAAAUGACAGGGGUGUAAAGUCAAAGCGUUGAGAUAUAAACAGCGAGUUAAAGCACAUGUAUUGAGAUUGUUGAGAAAAAAAGGACAGGGUUUCCCGGACGGGGUUUAGAUUUAUCCAGGACUACCCCUUAUAAAAUACAAUACUGGUUUGCAUCUUGAAAAAAACGAUGACAUUGAUAUAUGUUAAAGGUGCAUUGUGUAAUUUUUAGUAGGAUCUCUUGACAUAACUAUGUGUAUUAUAUUGUAUAAAUAGUAUAUUGUGGUGUAUAAAGGCCUUACAAAAUGUACUGAAUUGUUUUCAUUACCUUAGAAUGAGCCGUUUUUAUCUACAUACUACAUGAAAGUCGUCAUCAUGUUUCUACAGUAGCACUUAAUAGACAAACUGUUCUACAGAGCGCAGUUCGUCCCUAAAUUGUCUCAAACGAUGACAUGUUUGUCCUGUUGCGGUAACCAUAUGCGUCUUAAAAUGAGGGGUAAGCUGUUGGUUGCAAUUCACAAUCUCACCACUAGAUGCCGCUAACAUUUACACACACCACCUUUAAGAUAUGCCAGUGCAAAUUAAGGCAGCUCCAACAUGCAUUUUAGUCUGGGACAAGUAUAAACCCUAUCCGGGAAACUUUUCCAAAGAGUACUGUAGUCUGUAGUAACCAGCAUUAGGGAUUUCUGAAAUCAAGCCAAAUGUCUGCAUAUCAUUUUUGAAUUCCUUUUAGAUUUCAUAAAGAUAAUAAUGAGAAAAAAAGCUCUCACGGUUGUUUUUAUGUUUUGUAUGUGUUAAUGUUCUUGCAAUGUUUUGCAUAUGUGCACUAUGAGGAUUUUGAGCUUAAGCAGUGGUGCAAAUGCUGUGGAAAAAGGGUAUUUUCUCUUAAACGCCACGUUACACUUUUAAAUCAUUAAUACUUGAGUGCAUCUCAGGGAUUUUUGUUGUGUAAUUGUUGGUUACUUUAAUGUUUUAAUAGAUUGUGUAACCAUUUUUCUUUUAGUACAUUGCAGUGGUGUCCUGCAUGCCUUUCACGUUAAAGAGAUUUUAUGUGUAUCAAAUCUACGCACAAGUAUAUUUUAUUGAAAAUAUACUUAUACACUUUACAUAUACUAGGAUAGAAUUAUCGAAUAUUCAUAUAUUGUUCAUAAGUAAUGCCAUGCUUGUAUGUCCUUUUUCUUUACAUUUAUAUGUCAGAAAGUGUAUUCGUGUACAUUAUACAGAUGUAAAUUUUUGACAAACAAAUGUUAUUUUUAGUAUUUUGUAAUCGUUUUAUUUUUGCAUUCCUGUUCACAUUGUGAGUUUUUAUUUUAUGUGUAUUAAAAUUUUAUUUUUGUUAAUGCCCUAGUUUACUGCCUUGGAUUCUUAACAUUAAAAGAUUUAAACAUUAUUUGUAUUUGCUUGUUGUUUUGAAUGUAGGGGUUUAUGCUCCACACAGAUGUAAGUAAAAGUACAUCAUAUAAGUUGUGAUAUACAAGUCUAACAGAGACACAAAACGGCCAAAAACAAUUAUCAAACUUUUCCAAAUUUACAUUUAUUAUAAACA